GAGAGAGAGAGAUCCAAAGAGAUUUGUUGAAGGCAGGUUGAAUGAGGUCAAGAUGUUUCGACAUUUUAUGGAGCCAACGUGUUAUAAAUAAGCUGCACUCCCUCCUUCAGUUCAUAACAAGCCUUAAUAUAUUCAGCCUAUAGACGAUAGGAAGUAGUAAUCGCCAUUUUAGUGGCCAUGGCUUCUUUCUCUGCAUUUGUUGUGGUUGCUAUCACCAUUCUGGGCCUCCUGAUUCAAGGAAGCUCCCAUCCCCAACUCUCCUCUGAUUUCUACAGUGACAUUUGUCCUGACCUCCUCCCUAUCAUCCAGCGUCAGGUUCAAUUAGCAGUGGCUGAAGAGAGGAGGAUGGGAGCUUCCCUACUUCGCCUCUUCUUCCAUGACUGCUUUGUCAAUGGAUGUGAUGCUUCGGUGCUCUUGGACGAUACACCGACAUUCACUGGAGAAAAGAAUGCUGCUCCAAAUAAAAACUCAAUUAGAGGGUUCGAAGUCAUUGAUGCCAUCAAGGCUGCAGUGGAGGAGGCCUGCCCUGGUGUUGUUUCUUGUGCUGACAUCCUAACCAUCACUGCUAGAGAUUCAGUUGUUGAGUUAGGAGGGCCAUACUGGGAUGUGAAAUUGGGAAGAAGGGACGCCAGAACGGCAAGCCAGGCAGCUGCAAACACCAGCAUUCCACCUCCCACCAACAGCCUCGAUCAACUCAUCACUAGCUUUCAUGCACAGGGCCUCUCGGUUCAGGAUAUGGUUGCACUGUCAGGGGCACACACCAUUGGCUUGGCAAGAUGCACCAACUUUAGAAACCGCACCUACCAUGAGAAGAACAUAAAUGGGUUCUUUGCCAAAGAAAGGCAAGAGAGAUGCCCAAGAAUUGUAGGCCAUGGAGACAACAAUUUGGCCCCCCUGGAUGUGCAAACCCCAACAGUCUUUGACAACAACUACUACAAGAAGCUGCUUGGCUACAAGGGCCUUCUGCACUCUGACCAGCAGCUCUUCAAUGGCGGACCCACCGACUCCAUAGUUCACACUUACGCCGAAAACCCUGAUGCCUUCUAUGCAGAUUUCAUUGCAGCGAUGAUCAAGAUGGGAGAUAACAAACCCCUCACUGGUACUGAUGGAGAGAUAAGGAUGGAAUGCAGGAAGGUGAACUAUUGACAA